AUGAGUAACCUUACAAGAAUAGUACGUCGUUUUUACGCCACAAAGCCAUGGAGUUAUCAAGAAGCUAACGAGUGGCAAAAAAGGUUUAAGCAGAGCAGUAUACCUCAUGAGCACGUUUCGAUCUCGUUUAGUAAAAGCAGUGGUCCUGGUGGACAAAACGUGAAUAAAGUGAAUACAAAGGUAGACUUGCGUCUAUCACUAUCUAAAGCAGACUGGCUACCUGAUUAUGCAAAACAAAAAAUCAAGAGUUCGACGCAUUUAAGGAAGAGUAAACACAAUGAACUGAUUAUUACUUCUGACAAGACACGAUCACAAGCAAAGAAUAUCCAAGAUUGUUAUGAUAAAUUAGUGGAUGUGAUCAAGCAUUCAGUAGCAGUAACGAAAGAACCAGAUCAAGUUACUUUAGAGCGCAUCAAACAACUGUAA